GACCCGGCUGCGACCGCGAACGCCCGAUCGACUCCGGGAGCAGCGACCGCCCAGCGCCCCAGCGGCGGAGAGGAGGCGUCGGCCACGCCCCACGACCACACCCCGGCAGCCUCUCCAGCCCAGCCCCAAGCCUUCUGCACCACGAGGCAGUAACGUACUUGCAGGUGAAGAACCCCAGCCUCGGACCCCGACCUGAGACGCAAAAUGGCCGCGGCCGCGUGACUGACUGAGCAUUCCCGACGCUUCGCUCCGAGAACGCGCCGAGCGACUAACUUUGGGAGACAGCGAAAGGACGACAGCGGGACUCUGGUGUCGUUUGUUAAUAGUGGUUGCGUGCAGCUUGCCUCCUUCGGGUAUAUAUAGGGGCAGUGUUUGCUGUUGUCCUAAAUACUAGAGCACUGGGAGCCACGGUCUAACGCGUGUGUGUAGGAUAGGGCCCUUAAUAGUUGGGGAAAUGGCGAUGACGCUGUUGGAAGACUGGUGCAGGGGGAUGGAUGUGAACUCCCAGAGGGCUCUGUUGGUCUGGGGGAUCCCAGUGAACUGUGAUGAGGCUGAAAUCGAAGAGACCCUCCAGGCUGCGAUGCCCCAAGUUCCCUAUCGAGUGCUUGGGAGGAUGUUUUGGAGGGAAGAGAAUGCGAAAGCGGCCUUGUUAGAGCUCACUGGUGCUGUGGAUUACGCGGCCAUCCCCAGGGAGAUGCCGGGUAAAGGAGGGGUCUGGAAAGUGGUCUUUAAGCCCCCGACUUCCGAUGCUGAAUUUUUAGAAAGGUUGCACCUCUUCCUAGCGAGAGAGGGGUGGACUGUGCAAGAUGUAGCCCGUGUCCUUGGGUUUCAGAACCCUGCUCCGGCCCCAGGCCCAGAUAUGCCAGCAGAGAUGUUAAACUAUAUUUUGGAUAACGUUAUUCAGCCUCUUGUUGAGUCCAUAUGGUACAAGAAGCUGACGCUGUUCUCGGGGAGAGACAUCCCGGGGCCUGGGGAGGAGACCUUUGACCCCUGGCUGGAGCACACUAAUGAGGUCAUAGAGGAGUGGCAGGUGUCUGAUGUAGAAAAGAGGCGGCGGUUGAUGGAGAGCCUUAGAGGCCCUGCAGCUGAUGUCAUCCGCAUCCUCAAGACUAACAACCCUGCGAUAACUACCGCGGAAUGCCUGAAGGCGCUUGAGCAGGUGUUUGGGAGCGUCGAGAGUUCUAGGGAUGCACAGGUCAGAUUUCUGAACACUUACCAGAACCCAGGAGAAAAGUUAUCGGCUUAUGUCAUUCGGCUGGAACCUCUGCUGCAGAAGGUGGUGGAGAAGGGGGCCAUAGAUAAAGAUAACGUGAACCAGGCCCGGCUGGAGCAGGUCAUUGCCGGAGCCAACCACAGCGGGGCCAUCCGAAGGCAGCUAUGGCUGACCGGGGCUGCGGAAGGGCCGGCUCCUAACCUCUUUCAGUUGCUGGUGCAGAUCCGCGAGGAGGAGGCCAAGGAGGAGGAGGAGGAGGCUGAGGCCGCCCUCCUGCAGUUGGGCCUGGAGGGGCACUUCUGAGUACUGGGAAAUGGAGCUUUAGUGCAGACCCAAGUAACAGCUUCUUUCCUUGUCUCUGUGCUGUCUUAUAGGUGU